AGAGGGAGAGGCCUUGGACUUCGCACGGGCCUGGGAUUCCUUUGUGGCAGCAUCAGGAGGCCUAGAAGGAGAGCCAGAGUGUGAUCGGAAAGCCAGCCGUGCGCUGGAAGACAGGAACAGCGUGACAAGUCAAGAGGAGCGAAAUGAGGACGAUGAAGACAUGGAGGAUGAGUCAAUUUACACCUGCGAUCACUGUCAGCAGGACUUCGAGUCUCUGGCAGACCUGACGGACCACCGGGCCCACCACUGUCCUGGAGAUGGUGAUGACGACCCACAGCUCUCCUGGGUGGCCUCGUCUCCCUCCAGCAAGGAUGUUGCGUCACCCACGCAGAUGAUCGGGGAUGGGUGUGACUUGGGCCUAGGUGAGGAGGAAGGGGGCACGGGCCUGCCGUACCCUUGCCAGUUCUGCGACAAGUCCUUCAUCCGCCUGAGCUACUUGAAGAGGCACGAGCAGAUCCACAGCGACAAGCUGCCCUUCAAGUGCACCUACUGCAGCCGCCUCUUCAAGCACAAGAGGAGCCGUGACCGGCACAUCAAGUUGCACACGGGCGACAAGAAGUACCACUGUCACGAGUGCGAGGCAGCUUUCUCCCGCAGCGACCACCUCAAGAUCCACCUGAAGACGCACAGCUCUAGCAAGCCCUUCAAGUGCACUGUCUGCAAGCGUGGCUUCUCCUCCACCAGCUCACUGCAGAGCCACAUGCAGGCCCACAAGAAGAACAAGGAGCACCUGGCCAAGUCGGAGAAGGAGGCCAAGAAGGACGACUUCAUGUGCGACUACUGUGAGGACACCUUCAGCCAGACAGAGGAGCUGGAGAAGCACGUGCUCACCCGCCACCCCCAGCUGUCCGAAAAGGCAGACCUGCAGUGUAUCCAUUGCCCCGAGGUCUUUGUCGACGAAAAUAUGCUGCUCACCCACAUCCACCAAGCCCACGCCAACAAGAAACACAAGUGCCCCAUGUGCCCGGAGCAGUUCUCCUCCGUGGAGGAGGUCUAUUGCCACCUGGACAGCCACCGGCAGCCCGACUCCAGCAACCAUAGCGUCAGCCCGGACCCCAUGCUCGGCAGCGUGGCCUCCAUGAGCAGUGCCACGCCUGACUCGAGCGCCUCUGUGGAGCGCGGGUCCACCCCAGACUCCACCUUAAAGCCACUGCGGGGCCACAAGAAGAUGCGGGAUGAUGGGCAGGGCUGGUCCAAGGUUGUCUACAGCUGCCCCUAUUGCUCCAAGCGGGACUUUACCAGCCUGGCUGUGUUGGAGAUCCACCUGAAGACCAUCCACGCAGAUAAGCCCCAGCAGAGCCACACGUGCCAGAUCUGCCUGGACUCCAUGCCCACCCUAUACAACCUCAACGAGCACGUCCGCAAGCUCCACAAGAACCACGCCUACCCCAUGAUGCAAUUCAGCAGCAUCUCCGCCUUCCACUGCAACUAUUGCCCCGACGUUUUCGCGGACAUCAACAGCCUGCAGGAGCACAUCCGUGUCUCCCACUGUGGGCCCAAUGCCAAUCCACCCGAUGGCAACAACGCCUUCUUCUGCAACCAGUGCUCCAUGGGCUUCCUCACCGAGGCCUCCCUCACCGAGCACAUCCAGCAGGCGCACUGCAGCGUCGGCAGUGCCAAGCUCGAGUCCCCGGUUGUGCAGCCCUCGCAGUCCUUCAUGGAGGUCUACUCUUGCCCUUACUGCACCAACUCGCCCAUCUUCGGCUCCAUCCUGAAACUCACCAAGCACAUCAAGGAGAACCACAAGAAUAUUCCUCUGGCCCACAGCAAGAAGUCCAAGACCGAGCAGAGCCCGGUCUCGUCGGACGUGGAGGUGUCCUCCCCCAAGCGGCAGAGGCUCUCCGCCAGCGCCAGCUCCCUCUCCAAUGGCGAGUAUCCCUGCAACCAGUGUGACCUCAAGUUCUCUAAUUUUGAGAGCUUCCAAACCCACCUGAAGCUGCAUCUGGAGCUGCUCCUGCGCAAGCAGGCGUGCCCCCAGUGCAAAGAGGACUUUGACUCCCAGGAGUCCCUCCUGCAGCACCUGACGGUGCACUACAUGACCACGUCCACCCACUACGUGUGCGAAAGCUGCGACAAGCAGUUCUCGUCGGUGGACGACCUCCAGAAGCACCUGUUGGACAUGCACACCUUCGUGCUCUAUCAUUGCACCCUGUGCCAGGAGGUCUUCGACUCUAAGGUGUCCAUCCAGGUGCACUUGGCCGUGAAGCACAGCAACGAGAAGAAGAUGUACCGCUGCACGGCCUGUAACUGGGACUUCCGCAAGGAGGUCGACCUGCAGGUGCAUGUCAAGCACAGCCAUCUGGGUAACCCAGCGAAGGCCCAUAAAUGCAUCUUCUGUGGGGAGACCUUUAGCACCGAGGUGGAGCUCCAGUGCCACAUCACUACCCACAGCAAGAAGUACAACUGCAAGUUCUGCAGCAAGGCCUUCCAUGCCAUCAUCCUGCUGGAGAAGCACCUGCGGGAGAAGCACUGUGUGUUUGACGCCGCCACCGAGAAUGGUACUGCCAACGGGGUCCCCCCCACCACUCCCAAGAAGGCCGAGCCGGCCGACCUGCAGGGCAUGCUGCUUAAGAACCCAGAGGCACCCAACAGCCACGAGGCUAGUGAGGAUGACGUGGAUGCAUCGGAGCCCAUGUACGGUUGUGACAUCUGUGGGGCCGCCUACACCAUGGAGGUGUUGCUGCAGAACCACCGGCUCCGGGACCACAACAUCCGGCCAGGCGAGGACGACGGCUCUCGCAAGAAGGCCGAGUUCAUCAAGGGCAGCCACAAGUGCAACGUUUGCUCGCGGACUUUCUUCUCGGAGAACGGGCUCCGGGAGCACCUGCAGACCCACCGGGGCCCCGCCAAGCACUACAUGUGUCCCAUCUGCGGCGAGCGCUUCCCCUCACUGCUGACACUCACGGAGCACAAGGUGACCCACAGCAAGAGCCUGGACACAGGCACCUGCCGCAUCUGCAAGAUGCCCCUGCAGAGUGAGGAGGAGUUCAUCGAGCACUGCCAGAUGCACCCUGACCUGCGCAACUCCCUCACAGGCUUCCGCUGUGUCGUCUGCAUGCAGACCGUCACCUCCACUCUUGAGCUCAAGAUCCAUGGCACCUUCCACAUGCAGAAGCUGGCCAGCAGCUCGGCAGCAUCCUCUCCCAAUGGCCAGGGCCUUCAGAAGCUCUACAAGUGUGCCCUGUGCCUCAAGGAGUUUCGCAGCAAGCAGGACCUGGUAAAGCUUGAUGUCAAUGGGCUGCCCUAUGGCCUCUGUGCCAGUUGCAUGGCCCGCAGCGCCAAUGGACAGGUGGGUGGCCUGCCUCCACCUGAGCCCGCAGACCGGCCCUGCGCUGGCCUGCGCUGCCCUGAAUGCAGUGUCAAAUUUGAGAGUGCUGAGGACCUGGAGAGCCACAUGCAGGUGGACCACCGUGACCUGACCCCAGAGACCAGUGGACCACGGAAAGGUGCCCAAACAUCACCAGUGCCCCGGAAAAAGACAUACCAGUGCAUCAAGUGCCAGAUGACAUUUGAGAAUGAGAGAGAGAUCCAAAUCCAUGUUGCCAACCACAUGAUUGAGGAAGGCAUCAACCACGAGUGUAAGCUGUGUAACCAGACAUUCGACUCCCCAGCCAAGCUUCUCUGCCACCUCAUUGAGCACAGCUUCGAGGGUAUGGGCGGCACCUUCAAGUGCCCCGUGUGCUUCACAGUCUUUGUCCAGGCCAACAAGUUGCAGCAGCACAUCUUCACAGUGCACGGGCAGGAGGACAAGAUCUACGACUGCUCGCAGUGCCCACAGAAGUUCUUCUUUCAGACCGAGCUGCAGAACCACACGAUGAGCCAGCACGCACAGUGAGGGACCGCGCGACAGGACACCUCUCCGCAGAAGGCUUGCCGGAGACACCGUGGGGAGGGCCAUUUGAACAUUACAUCCAAUCAAAGUGUCAUUUGCAACCCAGAUGUAAAACUCUAAUGAUUUGGCCAUGAGGCGCUGCUAUUAUAAGCAGCUGGAAAUGAAUAUUAAUGGCAGAGAUUAAAAGUAUUCCAUGCUCAGUAUUUUUUAUUGUCUUGCUACAGCUAGUGUGCUCUUAGAGUUUCUGCCGCAGACUACAUUUCUAGAGUUAGAGAAAACCGCUUUUUGAGGCUAUUGUCCUUUGUUCCUUCAUGUAUUAUAUUGAUAGUUUUUU